AAGGACUUGGUGACCAGGGGAGACUCCCUACACCAGAAGGACUUGGUGACCAGGGGGGACUCGGUGCCCCGGAGGGACUCCCUGCCCCAGAAGGACUCGCCGCCGACGCUCAGCUCUUUUCGGGUCCCCCCAAGGGUGACCCCCCACCCUGCCACCGAGCCCGUGCGCCCCUCGCACUCCCUGGAUGACCUGGCACGGGUGACGCCGGCACCGCGCGGUGCCACCGCCACGGGGGCACAUGGGGACCCCCCAGGACACCCCCACCCGCUCGGCAAGAGCCGCUCCGAGACCCUCUACGCCCCCGGCAAGGACAGGGAUGUGGCGCGGAGGCGGUCGGGGUCUGGCCACACGGCUCAGGCACGCAAGGAGCCAGCAGAACCACCUGCCCCCGUCUACCUCAACAUCCAGGAGCUGCAGGAAGAAGCCGCAGCCACCAGCUCGGCCCCGGGGGAGACCAGCAGCUCGGUGUUGGACUGGGAAACCCACACGGACACGGACAGUGGACAUUUGUUUUAUUAUAACCCGGUGACGGGUGAGACCACGUGGGACUGUCCCUUUGGGCAGGCAGAAGAUGGAGUGAGACGUCGUGGGACCCUCCCCAUGCAGGAGACGGCAGCAGCUCCCAGGAUAUGUACCCUGGGGUGACGCGGUACGGUCCCAUGGAGCAGAGG